AUGGCGGACGCCCCGCCCACCGCGGCUGAGCCUUCGGAGCCUACCCUGGAUACCAUGACAUGGGUGGAGGUUACCAAGCGAACGGAGGAGAUCCUCGCACGCUUCGAAAAGGAUGAGACAACCUUCCAGCGCUGGGAAGUCAAAGUGGUAUGGGAAUAUUGGCGUGGCUUUGAAAUGAUGGGUCUUGACCCCGGAGUCACGGUUUCCAAGUUCAUGCGUGACGUCGUGAUUCCUUUCGCAUCCUCCCGAGUUCACUCCCGGCUUCAAGGCCAUACACGGUAUGAAAAGGCCACCGGCGCAGAUAAAUCCAAGAUCUACAAGAUUGAGAGUCCCGUCGACGAAGGACCGGCUAUUGUGUACCGCAAGGGCAGCUCACCGGACACAGUUACCGCCAAAAAGGCACAAGAGGUUCAAGAUGCCCCAAAAGCCUCUUCCAGCGCAGGCCCGGCAGAAAGACAGCCUUGCCCUCAGACUAUUCAGUGGGACCUUGGAGCUCAUAUGAGAGCGAAUGAUGCCACCACUGCCAGAGCCAUUUCUCCCCAAGGUCACUCCGAGCAUAUUGAAGACGCAACGCAGGCUUCUUCCCCGGACUCAACCUCUACCAUCGCCAGCAAGAACGCACGUGUCGCCUACUCUUCACCCCCUCCAUUCCACAGAGUCCCCAUCACCGCGGCUGCCGAAAAUAUCCUCAGAUCGCCAAUCUCCAACUCGAAGCUCGUCACCCAAGGCCCUCCCACCGGGAACGGAUUCCCUGCUGCAGUGACUAGUCGAGUCGAGGGACGUCCGGAGCUUAUCAAGAUUGUCUGCAAUGACAAGGAGGAAAUCGUGAAUACCGAGGAUUUGGUGGCGAACAACUAUCUCCUUCGAUCUACCGUGGAGUCCCUCAACAAGACAGCCACCUCGAUGCAGGAGAUCAUCGAGGCUCAGAAGAGCAGAAUUGAUGCUUUGAGCGGGUACAUCGCGUCGCAGCAUGCCAAGAUCACAAGCCUGACUAACAAGCUCGCGCUGUCGGAGAAGGCUAACAAGUGA